AUGACCCCUAGUGUGUCAUUUUUGGGAUACAUUGUGACUAGAGAAGGAGUGCAAGUAGAUCCAGAAAAGGUUAAGGCAGUUAAGUCUUGGUUGGCUCCAACCAAUGUGCAUGAGGUAAGGAGUUUUCAUGGGCUUGCUUCUUUCUAUAGGCGGUUCAUUAGAAAUUUCUCUUCUAUUAUGGCUCCCAUUACCGAGUUAACAAAAAAGGGUGAAUUUGAAUGGAUUGAAAAUGCUCAAAGGGCUUUUGAUAAAGUCAAAUACAUGCUUUGCAAUGCACCUAUACUUGUUCUCCCUGAUUUUAACAACGUGUUUGAAGUAGAGUGUGAUGCAAGUAACAAGUUGUGUGUUCCUAAAGGUGGCAUUCGUGAAUUGUUGGUAAGAGAAGUUCAUAGUGGUGGAUUGGCUGGUCAUUUUGGCAUUCAAAAGACUCUUGAUAUUCUUGGAACUGUGAUUACUAUUGUGGUUAGGGCUGAACACGGAAAGUUGAUUUCUGGCUUUCUGCAUCUAUUCCUCCGUGGCUCCGUCCCUCCAUCCCUUCACCUUCAAAUUACCCUCGAUUUCUCCCUCAAUUUCUCCCUCGAUUCCUUCCAGUUCGAUACCAGUACCAGUUGUGCUUCUGUGCUUCUUCGAGGCUUUGACGCUCCUCCUUCAACACUUCACCACGGAAUCAAGUUUUUGUUUAAAUUUGAAGAUGAAUGGAUUGCUUCUGGACUUCUGGUGGAUAUUACUAAAUUGUUUUGUAGAAACCUUUAUUUGAUGGGUCAUAUCAUAGGACUUGAGUAG